AUGAACAACACCACCACCAACCAGUCCCCGCGCUCCAAGCGCAAGGCGCCCUCCAGCCCGGAAGCCGGCGCCCGCCCGCACAAGCAGCUCCGACCGGGUCCUGUCAACGGCAGGAUGUCCGCCGGUGAUAACACCCCGGAUAUGGACCUCGAGGAGUCGCCCGUGUACGUGGAGGAGGAGGACGACGAGUACGCCCGCCUACAGCCCGUCUAUUCCACCACGACCCAGGAACCAGAGGCCUGGCAGCGGACCAUUGAGAAGGUCAUCAGCAACGUCGUUUCCAUCCGCUUUUGUCAGACCUGCUCUUUCGACACCGACCCGGCCUUGACGAGUGAAGCCACUGGCUUUGUCGUGGAUGCCGAGAGGGGUUACAUCUUGACGAAUCGUCACGUUGUCGGCUCCGGUCCCUUCUGGGGAUUUGUCGUCUUCGAUAACCAUGAGGAGGUUGAUGCGUACCCCGUCUACCGUGACCCCGUCCACGAUUUUGGUAUUCUGCGCUUCGACCCCAAGGCUCUCCACUAUAUAAACAUCGAAUCACUGGAGCUACGGCCAGACCUCGCGAAGAUCGGCGUCGAAAUCCGGGUUGUCGGUAACGAUGCCGGCGAGAAGCUCAGUAUCUUGUCUGGCUUCAUAAGCCGUCUGGACCGGAACGCCCCAGAGUACGGAGAGGGAUACAGCGACUUCAACACAUGCUACUACCAGGCAAACGCGGCUGCGAGUGGUGGCAGCUCCGGCAGUCCUGUCGUCAACAUUGACGGCUAUGCAGUCGCCCUGCAAGCCGGCGGGCGGAGCGACGGCGCUUCGACCGACUACUUCCUCCCCCUCGACCGACCGCUACGAGCGCUACAGUGUAUCCAGCAAGGAAAGCCCGUGACAAGAGGAGACGUCCAGUGCCAGUUCCUCCUAAAACCCUUCGACGAGUGUCGUCGUCUCGGACUCACGGCCGAGUGGGAGGCCUUGGCCCGGAAGACGUUCCCCAAGGAGAACAACAUGCUCGUCGCCGAGAUCGUCCUGCCGGAAGGACCGUCCUACGGCAAGCUGCAAGAAGGUGACAUUCUCAUCAAGGUGAACGGCGAGCUGGUGACGCAGUUUAUCCGGCUCGAUGAGAUUCUCGAUUCGAACGUCGGGCAGUCGAUCAAGAUACAACUGCAGCGAGGCGGCAAGGACAUGGAAGUGGAUGUCGAUGUGGGCAACCUGCACAAGAUCACGCCGGACCGCUUCAUAUCCGUAGGCGGGGCCAGCUUCCAUGAUAUAUCAUACCAGCAGGCACGUCUGUACGCUGUGGCCUGCAAGGGAGUGUUCGUCUGCGAGGCCACGGGAUCUUUCAGAUUUGACGGCGCCGAUAAUGGGUGGAUUAUCAACACGGUGGCUGGGAAGGAAACGCCCGACCUGGACGCCUUUAUGGACGUGAUGAAGGCGAUCCCGGACCGGGCGCGCGUGGUCGUCACUCACAAACACCUCCGUGAUCUCCACACGGUCCACACAAGCGUCAUCCACGUCGAUAGGCAUUGGUCUGCGAAGAUGAAGAUGGCGAUUAGGAACGACGAAACCGGGCUCUGGGACUUUGUGGAUCUGGGCGAUCCCCUGCCGCCGGUACCGACGGUCCCUCAAUCCGGUUCCUUUAUCCAACUGCAGAACACGACACACCCGGCCGUGGCUGACCUUGUAAGGAGCUUCGUACUCGUCAGCUGCACCAUGCCCGUGAAGCUGGACGGUUUCCCGAAGAACAAGAAAUGGGGCAUGGGCCUGGUGAUAGAUGCCGACGCGGGCUUGGUGGUCAUCUCCCGCGCCAUCGUCCCGCACGACCUCUGCGAUGUCGACAUCACCAUCGCCGAUACCAUCUUCGUCGACGGCAAGGUCGUCUUCCUCCACCCGUUACAGAACUACGCCGUCAUCCAGUACGACCCGAAGCUCGUGGAAGCCCCCGUGCUGAGCGCAAGGCUGAGCACCGAGCAGAUCACGCAGGGUUCCUCGACCAACUUUAUCGGCUACAACAGGAUGGGCCGCGUGGUGCACGCCACCACUACGGUGACGGAAAUCACGCCCGUCGCGAUCCCCGCCAACUCGGGGGCGCCCCGCUACCGCGCCGUCAACGUCGACGCCAUCACCGUCGACACCAACCUCAGCAACCAGUGCGGCAGCGGUGUUCUCGUGGCGCCGGACGGCUCGGUGCAGGCGCUGUGGCUGACCUACCUCGGCGAGCGGUCUCCCUGCACUAACCGUGACGAGGAGUACCACCUGGGCCUGGCCACGCCGACGCUGCUCCCGGUCAUCUCGCAGAUCCAGCAGGGCAUCGCGCCCAAGCUGCGGCUCCUCUCGGUCGAGUUUCGGGCGAUCAAGAUGCUGCAGGCGCGGGACAUGGGCGUGCCGGACGAGUGGAUCCGAAAGGUGACGGAGGCCAACAAGACGCAGCACCAGCUGUUCAUGGUCAGCAACCGGACGUUCGAGCGGGGCGACCGCGACCAGCAGAACGCGCUGCUGGAGGGCGACAUCGUGCUGAGCCUCAACGGGCAGGUGAUCACGCGGGUGUCGGAGCUGGACGUGAUGUACUCGCACGAGGUGCUGGAGGCCGAGAUCGUCCGGGUGAAGGAGGUGACGAGGAUCCGGGUGCACACGGUGGCGGCGGACGACGUGGAGACGGACCACGCCGUCUCGUUUUGCGGCGCGAUCCUGCAGCGGCCGCACCACGCCGUGCGUCAGCAGAUUAGCAAGCUGCACAGCGAGGUCUAUGUGUCGGCGCGCACCCGGGGUUCGCCGGCUUACCAGUACGGACUUGCGCCGACCAACUUUGUCACGCACGUCAAUGACCGGCCGACUCCGGAUUUGGAGACGUUCAUUGCGACUGUGCAGGAGAUUCCGGACAACACAUACUUCCGCCUCAGGGCUUGCACAUUCGACUCUGUACCCUGGGUCGUGACCAUGAAGAAGAACGAGCACUACUUCCCCACGGUGGAAUGGAUCAAGGACCCCUCGGAGGCGUCCGGCUGGCGACGCAAGACUUAUGACCGUGGAGAGGUCUUCGAAGGCGAAGGGCCGGACGGUCUGCAUACUAAUACGGAAGACGCGGACAUGGGAGAGGAGAUUACACCUACUUCAUAA